CAACUUCCUUAUCCUGCCACAAAUAUCUUGCCAUCCUAUGGAGAGCGAUGGGUUCCUUAUCCAAUCCCACCAACAUGCCCUCUUAAACAGCAAUAGCUCCAUCUCAAGAGUCAUCUAAAGGAACCCCAAGAGCCAUCGAUCAGGAUGCAAGCAGCAGCAGCAGUGUGUCUCCCAGGGCCAUCGCCAUUCAAAGGCACCAAGAGCUUGGUGACAAGGAGAUCAUCAUCCAGGCCUUGUAGAACAGUCCUCUGCCCUCGAGCCAUGGCUUCAGCUACCCCUGAGACCUCCACGGUCGACUACAGCUCCUCAUCUUCUGUCUUUCCUGCAGAAGCCUGUGAAACAAUUGGUGGAGAAGCAUGCGACGUGGAGAUGUUUCCUGAAGUGAAGCCUGCAGCUCCAGCCAGCAAUACUGGAGCUAAAGCGAGUUCAGAAGAGGUCGAGCGAGAGUAUGUGGAGUACAACGAGCCAAAAACGGUGUUCCCUGGUGAAGCAUGUGAUGAUCUUGGAGGGGAGUUCUGCGAACCAGAAUACCAAAAGGGCGUUUACGAGGACACAGCCCAGAUAAAAGAAUAGAGUUUAAAUUCAUGCUCUCUGUAUGUGAGAAUGCUAGAAUCAAGAAAAGAAAUAAAGGCUUUCAUGGUAUGCAUCUCUGUCUGUGUUCAUGUAUCAUGGAGGUCAGAUAUGGCUAUUUGGUUUCAAAAGUUAAUGGAUAUAUCGAGUUUCCUUACAUUCAAAUUCAUGAGUUAUAGAACACUAAAAGCCUGCAUUUUAUGCCUACCUA